UUUCACUUCUGCUACGUGGAGGGCUCAAUAGAGGCACUUGUCUCAGGAGCCCGGCUGUGUCCUCGAGGACGCACGCCAUUUUCUCUCUGUCUUCCUGCUUCCAGAUGACUUGAGAUACUCUGAAGCGCUGCAUGGAUGUCAAGAAGACCGGGAAGGUGCUGCUGCUGCUGCUCUGGUGGAGCCUCUGACAAAAGGCUACGGCUGAGACAAUGGGCUGUUGCAGCAACACAGCACGGCAUUCUGGGAUUGACCACGUUGGACCAGACGAAAUCGAGCUCUUGGAGAUAGACAGCCAUGGGCUCUGGUCGUUGGCUGAGUCAAAUCAUUUGCCGCCCCCGUCAGCGAAGACAGGAGGGGAUGUGACUGCAGUAAAGAAGCUGUCAGUGGUGACAGACGACACUGUGAAGGACAGUCUUCAGUCACAAAGGCUGUCAGUGGUGGAGGAAAAUCUUCGGUCACGGAUUGUAAUGUGGGAGGAGACCCGGCAGAGCCUGCAGGAGAAGAUUUACAGGGAGCCGAUAGCCGGCUGGGAAGGCCCUAGCGUCCUGUCGCUUGGAGAAGCCAUCUGGUCCUCACUUGUGUAUCUCCAAGACAACUACACUCAGGAAAAGAAAGAAGCCUACCUCGUCCUCUUUUCAUUCCACUUGCUGAUCCUGGAAGCUGACCACGCGACCAACAGAUUCAUUUACCAGGGAACCCUGCCGCUUUCUGGAAUGUCUGUGGAGGAGGUGCGGAAAGACAAUGUGGUCAACAUGUUUACAGUCUCUUGUCCAAUGGUGGAUGCCAGGAUAGUCAUUUGCACCAGUGCUUCUGAGCUGCAGGUAUGGCUGCAAAAGACUGAAGAGAGGAUCCAGAAAACCAGCAAUCAACAGAGCAGCAUUACCCACAGUGUCCUCUCUUAUCUGCUUCCAUGUAAUGAAAAGUGGAAAAAGCAGGAGCUGAAGAGAUACCUCCUGCACAGUCCAAUCGAGAACUGGGAGGGCAGUGCCAUCCAGCACCUGGGAGAGAUUGUCUACCUGUCACUGGUCCAGAUCUCCAGCUUCAAGGGAGAAAGAAAUCAAGAGCGGCUCCUCAUCUUGUUUCCCAGUGAAAUCAUUUUCCUGUCCACCGACGUCCAACGUUCGAGGCUUAUUUAUCAGGGUCGGCUCCCCUUAAAGUCUAUUAAAGCAUUGGAGAAAUCUGCAUUACCUGGCCGGCUGGAGUUUGAACUUUCCGGUACCAUGAUGGAUGCAAUGCUCAUCCGCUGUUCUUCUUCAGAAGAUUAUGAAAAUUGGAUUUUCCGGCUUCAGCAGCCUGAAGAGAUGUUCAACACCUUAACAGAUGAGCCUCCACCAUUGAUACCUAAGAAGAGGAGAAGCUAGAGCUUGAGAACAACAUCUAUCAGGAGGCCAAAUAUCGAGAAAGUCUACAGGCACCCUGGGCCUGCUAAUAGCGUCUUGAGAGACUGGAGAAUGCUCGGCUAAUGGAGGACUGAACCCUGAGGAGCCAUUACGUGCAGCUUACAGCAAUGGGCCUCUCAGUAGCACCUUAUCAAGAUGUCACGUGGGCUGAGAACUUCCCCACAGACUGAACAUCAAUGCACGCCAGCUUCCUUUCAGUGUCUGACAAGUGCUUUGCUCUGCCGUAAUUACUCUUAGCUAAUUGCAAAUUUACCACUAUUGGGACUUGUGUCUCCCACCGUCACUUCCAAGUGGCUCUUCUCCACAAACUUAAAGAAAGUUACAGGAUGGGAGAUGCAGGUCUCAGUAGGCACCGCCAAACCGAAAGUCCUCCAGAGUCCUGUGCCAAUUUCAUUUCGAUGAAAACCGUGUGGAUUUACAGCGCAGCUUUGUUGAGGCCUAAGAAAGUGACGGGAUGGAACGUGAAACUGAAGAAUCAGAAGAGGAGAAGAAUACAGACAGAGGGUGUGCUGUGGUCCUUCUCAGAUGCCUGGUGGAGAAUGUUGACCCCCAUUGCCAAGACUUUGAAUAGCAAACAAACAUGGCAAUAAAGGCUCAGUGGAUCACUUCAGAAAGAAAAAUAAGUAACAAUGGAGCUGCUCCUUUAUUUGACAUUUCAUGUCUUUGGGUAAUCCAUGUAAAGAGAAUUAGUGCUCUGUAUAAAAAGUGGAAAGCCUUAAAAAUUGUAAAAUUUCCUUCACUUCGAAAAACUACACAUCACAUACAGUGUCCAUGAAAAACGUAGUCAGCUCCCUUGGAAGCCUUCACAUUUCGUUGUUAAACAUCAUUGAGUCACAGUUGAAUGCAUUUGCCUUUUUUGAUAGGAGAAAAAGAUGAUUGAAUGCCAAAAUGAAAGAGACCUCUGCAGAGUGGUCUACACUAAUUACAAAUACAAAACACAGAAUUGUUGGCCACAUACGUUUUCAGCCCCUUCAAGUCAGUUGUGACAGAUGCCACACGAGGAUGGCAACCUGGCUGGUGUUGUACUGAGAACCUUACUCAGCUGGGAUGCCCACGGUGUGGAAGGACAGGAGAAGACAGUUUGCAGAGGGCAUUGUCUCCCCCGAAUGUUGGUUGGCAGCCCAUCUGGGUUGCUGCGUCGCCAUGGAUUCGCACAGGGCAUCUUGGGAAUUGGAACUGGCGUUUGUGAGUUGAGCCCUGUUGGGUUCUGUGGGUGCUUCCAGUGAUUGCUGAGGGGACUGGAGAGCCCUGCUGUGUUAGGCUCCUGGAAGUGCUUCUCACGUUACAUAAACAGAGCAGCGCUGCUUCGACUGGGGAGCCAGAGUCAGGAGGGGGAGAACAAAGCAUGUGAUAGGAGCAGAUGAGAAGAAGACAGGGAAAUGGAGUAUUGCUGAGUGCUGUAGUUGUAGUAUGGGAAGCUAUUCCUUAUAAGAGUUUCACACCACAAUAAAAACCCUUUGCAAACACCAAA